AAUACUCUCUUCAACACAUGAUCUUUAUCAUAGUUUUAUAAACUUGCUUGAUAGUUGCUCAUGUUACUGGACCUGGUUCCCUAGGGGAUUGUGAUCGCUGGACUUGUGGUGAUCCUCAUAGCUUGGUGCGUGCAAAUGAGAGGGCCAGUGUUUGUGGCUAAUUUUAACCCUCUCUCGCUUCUGCUCACGGCCAUCAUGGGAUAUUUGAUGCUAGAAGAAAAGCUGCACCUAGGAAGCAUAUUAGGGGCAGGGCUGAUUGUGUGUGGAUUAUAUAUGGUGCUUUGGGGUAAGGGCAGGGAGAUGAAGGAAAGAUCUCAACUAGUGACAACAAAAAGUUCCCCUAAAUCUGAAGUAGUUGCGGUUGUUACUGAUGGUGAUCAGCCAACAUUAAAUACUUUUUCAAAUGAAGACCCAUUGCCAAAGGAGCAGCGUGACCAAAAUAAAUUGGAGGAGAGUGAAAAACACAAUAAAAAUACUAACUUAUAGCCUCAACA